CUCCGAAGGUGGGACGUCCGCGGUCUCGGCACCUCUAGCCGCAGCGGGGGCCGGCUGCCCUUGCUCUUUAUACCAGGGCUCCUGCUCUGCGGGAGUUUGGAGCAGGGUCUGGGGUCUGGAGGGUGCGGCUAUUUGUGUGUGUCCUGCAGCUCUGCCUCAGGACAGCUUCAAUACUCAGUGUUGGAGGUGACCCAGCGAGGCAUGGCCGUUACCUUGGACUAGAGGUUGUCGGCUGCCGCUCUGUCCUUGCGGAACUUCCACUUCCUUUUCAGCCACGACCAGCCCUAUUUCAGUGGAGAUGGCCAGUGGUAGCUUGGUGGUCUGAGAGCCGGUGGACCCCGAAAGUAUGUGUGACGCUAAAGCUGCUUGCGUCUUGACCUACGAACUGGUUCAGGAGAAACCGCUGGCGUCUCACAAGAUGCGCGUCCACAUCCUGGAUGUUAUCACACCCCUCUCCCCUGCCAACGACCUACAGCUGCACAUCCCCAAGUUCCUGAUGCUUGGGGCCCGCUUUACUGUCCCUAAUGCCCAAGAUGCCAAUCAGGUAAGCAAUAGGUUGCUAAGCUACAGCCUGUGCCCCAGCCAACACUUUCGCCUGGACAUGAGGUUCCGGAUGGAAACUCUGGAUCCUAAGAAGAGCGCCAGCAACCGGCUGGUGCUCAUCGGUCAGGACUGCAGAGCGGCCAGCGCUCUCUGGUGGACACAGACGUCAAUGCACCUGUAUUUGAGCGCACAGUAUACAGCACUAACGUGCCAGAGACUGCACCCAACGAAACUGUGUCAUUACGAGUUUAGACCUCAGACCUGGAUGAAGUCUCCAAUGGGGAAAUCCAGGACUCCGUAAGCAACAACACGCAAGUAAAGUCGCCACACCACUUUCACGCUCAGCCUAGAAAUGGGGAGGUGCAGGUAGCUGUUUUACUAGGUCUGUCUGAAACACUACUGGAGGCAUAUAUCCAGGAGAGGAAUGAAGGUACCUUGGGUCAAGCCAGUGCCACCAAACUGCUAGUGGAAGUGACUGACGUGAAUGAUCAUGCCCCCCGAGGUGAACCUGCUGAUUCUCUCCAGUCCACUUUCCAAGAACACUGUCCCUGGCACAAUGAUUGCUCUCCUAAGGGAUGAGGGCUUCGGUCCCAAUGGUAAAGUCAUUUGUAGCAUGUCCAGUGGAGGCGGGGUUUUUUGUUUGUUGUUCUUUAGAGAGAGAGAGAAAGUGAGAGGGAGAGAGAUAGAAACAUCGAUAA